UGGUAUGGUACUAUUGCGCAGCUACAUACGAUCUAAAGGGCUGAUGUAAUCGUACUGCUACCUACAAGACGCAUAUACAAACGGGACUUUUGAAUAUUCUUUCAUAUUCUACUCGCAACUUUCGUCGGACGCGUCACUUUUUCUUUUGGAAUCAAAUUAGCUACGUCUCUGUUAUUUCUAUAGUUAUUCAAGUUUCUUAAGAGGGUCUUUUAAGAAAGUCUCACUUGAAAAUAUAAAAUACCUAUCGUCGACCAGAUCCUACAACACAUGGCGACCAACGUCAAGGUUGUGGGAACGGACCUCAAACAGGUGACCAUUAAGGUCAAUCCUGGAACCUACCUGACAGAUGUUUUAGAGCAAGCUUGCGAGAAGCUCAAGGUCCCCUCUAACAAAUACUUAUUCAAGCACAAGCAAAAGCAGUUAGAUCUGUCGCAGACAUGGCGAACCUCAGGUCUACCACCCGGCGCCAAGCUCGAACUCAUCGCCCGCUCUAACACCCCUUCCGCCAUCAACGUCGCCUUACAACUCCCGGCUCCAGAGUCAAAUCUAUUCCCGCCGUCCGGUCGAGUCACGGACAAGCUACCGAGCGAUCUCACAAUAUGGCAGCUAUUACGCCAGUUCGAGAGCGGCAAGGCGAGUCAGGGGAAGAACCUAAACAUCACGGCGAGGGGUGUAGCGCAAACAAAUAAUGGAGCGGCCGCGGGUAGUGGACAAUUGUAUUAUGAGACUCCGGUCCUGACGAUCGAGAACAGAACGCUGUCGACUUUUGCAGACUUUCAGAAGAGCCUAUCGCAGUUAGGGUACAAUUCGGGAGGCGUCCUAAUACGUCUAUCUUUCCAGAAGACUGACAAGACGUUGGUGGAUGCUAUGGGAGAGAUGAGUCAGUUCUUCAAGACAGAAGAAGCGAAUCAGCAGAAGGCACAGGAAUCUAGCAGCGAACCAACGACGAUCAAUGAUGCUGUCCUUUCGACUGAUGCGCCGCCUUCGGAUAGUGUAAUGAGUGACCCUUCAGCAGAGAAGCCGGAGACGGAUACGUCUGAAGCAGUUCAGCAUGAUGACACAGACCUUCCUUCGGCGGCACAAGCACCUCCGGUAGAUUCUAUGGACGUCGACGUCCCAUCCGCUGAUAACCGCCCUGUCACCAUAUUCUCUGCGCCUGCCUCCGGUACGCCAGCUGCAGCCUUACGAGAAGAGUCGGACGAAGCCUUUGCCCCACGCAUCGAGCAUGCGCAGGCCCAUCAAAGGCUGCUAAAGACCGCAGGUGAGAACAGGCGCCUCCUCUCGGACAAGGAGCUCGAAGAAAAGGCUGCGGCCGAAGCAGCUAGGGUAGCGGCCGUCAAGUCUAUCAAGAUCAAGGUCCGCUUCCCAGACAACUUUUCCGCAGAGUGGCCUUUCGGUCCGGACGACACCGGCGCAACGCUGUACGCCGAGAUCAGGAAAAUCAUGGCCAACGAGGCGGUGCCAUUUAAACUAGUAUUGCCGCCCGGCAAGACGGCGAUCAAGGACGACAGCAGCCCCGCGAGCAAGCUCAUCGGCGGAUACCGUUUAAGCUCCAAUACGCUGGUGAAUUUCAUGUGGGACGACAAGGUGCCUGCUGAGAUUCGGAAGCAGCCGUUCUUGAAGAACAGCGUCGCUGGUCACGCGCAGAAGGUGGUUGUUCCUGAAGUCCCCGAUGUUGUAGUCGAGGAUGAGGCGGGCCAUAAUACUGCUAACAUAUCAGUGCCCGCACCCCAGCCAAGGGGUGAAGGUGAGGGGUCCGGGUUCAAGAAGCCCAAGUGGCUAAAGGGGUUCGGGAAAAAGUAAAAACGGCUACGACGAAUGAUGUCCUAUGUGUUGAGUUUAGAAUCAGGGAAUCAACAUCUGCUCGGAGUUUAGGUAGCAUUAUCGAGGACUGUUCACAUGGCACAGAAUCAUCAAGAACCGAUUUUUUAAAGUCAUGAAAUGAAUAUAAUUUGGCUUGCCAAAUCAAGAUUCCCAGGUCUUGUUCCUAUUCGUGU